UGAAAAAGUCACUACUUGCCUAUAAAUACAAACAGAAACAAAAAUGGCGGGAGCACCAAAAACUUUGCAAGAGAGAAACAGGGAAUUUUAAAUUGGCGAUGGAAAGAGCACGAGAUCAAUGGCAAUGGAAAGUUCAGUACGCUCGAUACUUCACAUUUCCUUCUUAUUACCAAUCUAUAACAACAACUUCUUCUCCUUCGCGUCUCUCUCCUUUUAAGCGAAAUCAAUUUAGGCCGAUUUGGCUUCCUUCUUCUGGAAUCUCCACCGUCUCUAUUCACCCUUCAUCUGAUGUCUCUUCUUCUGUUGAUUCCGUUCUCUCUGUAUCUUUACAAGGAACUAUUAUUGAAGAGCAUUUCAUCUCCAAGCUGCAGUUCAUCUGGCCUCAGGUGACAUAUCUGUCAGGGCUUCCUACUCGUGGUAGCUUAGUAGUCAUUGCAAGCUAUGUUGAUAGCUCUGACGAGAACCAGAAGUUUGCACUGGGCUUUUCUCAAUUCUCAGAAGUAGAACACUUCAUAAACUCAUUGCAGGAUUUGCUUUCAAAUAAAAUCUCCUAUGUACCUCAAGCGCUUAAUGUGAUAUCGCCACAUUCUGCAGUAUCCUCUGACUCUGACUUUAUUCCUACAUACAGACCUGACACAUCAAGCAUUAUGACCCCCAUUUAUGAUUCUAUCUCCCCACGGAACUUGAACAAGGAAGAUCAGCCGGAUUCACAGAUUCAAGAAACAAAUGCCAAUUCUCAAAGCAAAGUUGAAGCACUUCCUCCUGCCUUCACAUCGCUUGUGUCCAGUUGCGCUGCUGAUUUGGAACAAGGUAGUUUAGAUCUUGCACUUGCAGCUGGGGAGCAGGAUGCUGAUCUGAAAACUCAAAUUGCGAAAUAUAUGCAAGAUGCAUCUUUUCUUGAUAUGGUGAAUAAGGUGAAUGAUGUUAUCACUGAACUCGGAGGCAACUAUGCGAUCUAGAAGUACUUGCACAGUUUUUAACAGCUCAAAUUAUAUACUUAAUAUGACCUCAACCUUACUCAUAGCAGCAGUAUAUUCUUAUGCAGUAGUAUGAUAUCACUAUAGAUGAUGCUUGGAAAAAGUGGAUUAAAUCGAUUCUAUACUCUAUAUAUCGUUACAUAUAUUAUAAUCACAUGCUGUAUACAUCUCUUGGUACAAAAUACAAUGUUCGCUUUGGUCUGAAACUGAGUCUCAAAGUAGAAGUAUCCAACUUUCUCAAUGCAAGGAGUUGGGUUUAAAACCCAAAUCUUACCUUACAUACUUUUUUGAAAUGAAUCUUACCAUAUACUUUGAUUAGGUUUACUUUUAAUUUAGCUCGCAUUGUACUAGGAGUACUUUGUAAGGCAAAUGAAAGAAACUUCGAUGUAAGCUAACUGGAAGUACUAUGAUUGAAUUGGGCUUUACAAGU